AUGCGGAGUCUUCCAUUUCCAGUAGCUCCUACGUUCGACCAUGAAGUACCAAGUGAACAUGGAACGCCGUUCAGCCCUGCUAGCGAUAUUCCUAUCGAUCCUGCACUCGCUGGGCCACUACCCAUCGACCCAGCUAUCAUGGGAAACGAAGCCGUUCAGUUAAAUGUUUCGCAGCAAGGUCCACCCGUGCACAUUCCAGAGGAUUUCAUUCCGCCUCGAACUCGACACUACUCUCAGGAGCCUUCGCAAUAUGACCAAGGUCCCCGUGGAGAUCCAUUUGCGCCUCAACCUGCACCUUAUCUACAUAUUCAAGAAGACGCCGUUCCACCACCCAUCAAGCCACCAAAGAGAAAGCGAAAACCCCGGCGAGAACCCGAGUGUGGGUUUUGUCAGGGGGAUGACAAGAGGAACAAGGAGGCUGAACCCGAGGUUAUGGUCACUUGCGAAGAGUGCGGUCGCAGUGGGUGGCAUAUGGAUUGUAUGCAGCCUCCCCUGGAAGAAACGCCUCCCGGAAUAUGGCACUGCCCAAUGUGCCCCCCAUCCCUCUUUCCUUUGGAAUCCGACGUUGCAUCCACCCCAAAUUCCGCUCCCCAAGAUAUAGACGAGGCAACUGCCGAGCCUGAAGUGGAUGUUGAAGUUGACGAUGGUGAUGACGAUUCGUCUGAAGACUCUUCAGACUCUGGAUCUGCAUCAGACGAUACCAAUACUGUGCAAGCACCAACACCCCGCCAACGACCCAGUCAGCGAAUAAAGAAGCCACCAAAGCGCAGAAUUGAACAGCCAACCCCACGGCCUCUCAAACGCAUUCGCCUGCGCUCGCCUGCGGCACACCCGCUUGUCGUACGCUUGCGAAUACCUUUAAAGGGUAAAGGCAAAGAACGAGAAGAGGACCCCGACAGAAAUAUAUUCGAGGACUUUCUCAGUCCUGCUGCUAGGGACAUGACAAAGACAGGGAUCACAGACUCUGACAGGGCACGAUUUGAUAAAAGUUGUUUGGCCGCUGAGGAAAAACUUGCACUUCCACCUCAAUCAGCACCACCAGUUGACACACCUGAUCCUCCAAUAGCUGGUCCUUCAUCUCGUCCCCUACGGUCUCAUGCUCUCCAACAAAUAACCAUACCUUCCUCAUUACCGGCUCGCUCGCCAGUGCCUUCCACACCUGGUGCGAUUCCGCACACACCUUCCACUAUCCCUGCCACCCCGUCAGGUUUCCCAGCACCUCCUUCCACGUUACGCAUCCGGAUCAUCCGCUUUGGGAAGUAUGACAUCCACCCGUGGUAUGACGCCCCCUUUCCUGAAGAGUUCUCAAAUAUCCCGGAUGGACGACUGUGGUUCUGCGAAUUUUGCCUCAAAUAUAUGAGAAGUGGCUUUGCUUUUGGUAGACAUAGCAUGAAAUGCAAAACACGACAUCCACCAGGUGACGAGAUUUAUCGCGAUGGUGCCAUGUCUAUUUUCGAAGUAGACGGACGCAAGAACAAGAUAUACUGCCAGAAUCUUUGCUUGCUGUCGAAGAUGUUCCUAGAUCACAAGUCACUCUUCUACGACGUCGAACCAUUCUUGUUCUACGUUAUUACAGAAACUGACGAUAUGGGUGCGCGUUUUGUGGGCUACUUCAGUAAAGAGAAAUGUUCUCCAAAGGACUAUAACGUCAGUUGUAUCAUGGCGUUACCUGUGAGGCAGAGACAAGGAUGGGGGAAUUUCUUGAUCGACUUUAGUUACCUUCUCUCCAAGAAAGAACAGCGCGCGGGAUCACCCGAGAAGCCACUUUCAGGGCUCGGUCAACUGGGGUACAGAAACUAUUGGACCCUCGCACUUAUGCGAUACCUUCAUACAUCACCGGAAAACCCAACCCUCGAAGCUAUCAGCAAGGGCACAUCCAUGACUAUCGAAGAUAUUUAUAAUACCCUCCACGACCAGGGAAUGAUCUCUGUGCAAUCUGCUACACCACCUAUGAGACCUACACCAGGGCAAGCUAUCAAGUUCCCGCGAGGGCGCAAGAACGGUAUUGCGCGGCGUCACCUUCAACGGCAGAGUACGAUCAACAAGGAGGAAGAGGCCGGAAGCAAGGCUAACACACCCUUUGUCCCCCCUACGCGAUACCAGAUCACCUGGGAUCCCGAAAAGGUGCAACGCUACCUUGAGGCGUGGGAGAACAAGGGAUACAUGAAACUGAAACCGGAACGGUUGAAAUGGACGCCGUUUGUGCUGGCACGGACAAAAGCUGGCGGGGAAGUCUUGCAAGCAGAGUUGGGUGCCGGCAUGGGUGCUUUGAACGGCGUGGCGGAAACACUAAACCAAGUCACUGAUCGGGUGGACAAUCAGACGCCGGCCCCUGGCACUGCCGAACCCUCCUUCAGCGUAUCAGAGGCAGCGCCUACAGACAGUCAUCAUGUCUUAGACACUCUUGCAGCGCGCCUGUUUGAUGACGUCAUAGCCAAAAACCCUGAAACACCUGUACCAAAGAAGCAGUUGCGGAGUCGCGUUAAAGGAGGUGAAGUGCCUCGAUCUGUCUUCUCACGAACGCAGUCGAGUCGUAACACGAUCACCCGCACUGCUCUCCGACGACACACACGUUCUGUAUCUGCUCGUCCUAUUACUGGCAUCGAUGGUGCGGUCAACAGUGCUGCCCCUCAACCUGAUGAGCUGGCGGAACAAUCGAGUCCUGAUAUUCCUGCCAAACGGCGACGGGGACGGGCACGGAUCAAGCCACCGGAUGAUGCAUUGUCAGCAGUAUCUGAGUCUGGGAGGAUGACUGCUUCACCGUCACCAUCAAGACCCCUGACUCGAGUCAAACGCAGGAGGAUAGAAUCGCCUGAGUCGGAAACCCCUUCAGAGCGUGUGGAAGACCAUGCUGACCCGCCUGGUGGUCCUACCCACUCUAACGGUCACAUUAACCCCGUCAGUGAGGCCCGUCAGGAGGAAGAUGUCUCUCAUCAUUCAUCCGGAUCAUCUGGUUCUGUUAAAUAUGGCGCUCAAUCUCCUCGAGUGGAGACGACCUCGUCUAUGUCAGAACUAGAUACACGAUCCUCACCUGCUCAGUCGCAACCACCGGAUGACGAGAUUAAGUCGGAGGAAGCGGAUACACCUCUCACCGGCAUAACCAGUCGACACAGCGUACCAAGCGACGACACCUUGUUUGUUGUGGAGACUGCAAACAGGGUAGGGAGUAAGGACUCUGGAGGCUCUGAUAUCAUCAGAGUCGUGCACUCACCCACUUCUCAAACUACCGGGAGGGAAAGUGCUGGACAAGACUCAGUGCCCAUUUGUUCCGCUCCAGCACUAUCCAACGAUCUCGACCAAUAUUCUGAUCUGGAUGCGGAGGGCGAGCCGGAUGACGAGCUCAACAAUGUUUAUACCUGCGGCAGCGACCCAAGCAUGGCUUUUGGCCAUCUUCAACGAGACCCAAACUUGCAGACUAACGUCAGCAAUGUCUCGAGUCUGAAUCAAGCGCUGGGAUCGCAUCUUAACCCUACCAUCAAUGGGCGUCCCCAAUUCCAUGACGGCACAGCAUACAGGCUGUCUGAUUCACCGCCGACAAUUCUAGAUCAAAAUUGUGCUUCACGGUCUGCCCAGCCAAUAGUUGGUGGCCCUUCUCAUGCUUCACCCAUUCACGAGUUUUCGGUACUCCCAGCCAACGAAACUCAAACUACCAGUGGGCCUAAACGUAAGCAGACCGAUGGUUUGGCUCCCAGUGGUAGUUCGCAGUCGGGAAAAAGACGGAGAGAAGGGGACGACAUGAGUGAUCCCUUUGACAUCGAUGGUGCGCACGGUUCUAAACACUGGACUGACGACGAGAAGACGAAAUUAUUUAAUUGGCUCAUGGGUGUGGGUGAAGACAACCACUGGAAUGCGCUUCGAGCUACCAAGAACUCGUGUCUUCGCGAGUGCGCCGUUGAGGUGUUUGGUGGCAAGAAGACUUAUCAGGCGCUAAAGGGCUGUUAUGAGCGAAAUUUCAAUAUAUUUAAACAGGUCUAUGCAUUCGAAAGUUUCCACACGCAAUUGGGGAAUGGUCCUGUCAGCUUUACGAAUGAAACAGACAGGUUGCGAGAAUAUGAACGGCGACUACAAAUUGCUCGCAAAGGCGGUUGUGACGUUGGCAAUGUGGGUGCCAAGACGAUUGACCAUUGGCAUAGGUCAGGCUGGUAUACUUUGUUCCACAGAAGAUGGAACGGCGAUCCCGCCACUACGCGGUCCGCAAACCGCCAAAGUAACGUCCCGGGGGCAGCCAACUCCCACGGCGGCGAAGAUGACGACAACGAUUCAUUAGAAGCAACGGAGACAAUUCCAACUCUUCAACCUCAAAUUCAACCUCAGAGCGCACCAUCUCAUCCUCAACCUCAAACUAAUAACAGCGAGCUUCCUAUACAGGAAGCUGGACCAUCAAAUACCCCAAGUCGAACAGUCUUCCCCAACAUACCGUCACCAAGUAGUGAUGCGUCUGUCGUCAAUUUUGCUUUACCACAAAACAUGAUGGCUGCAUGCUUGCAGCUUUUGCAAGCGCAGGUUCAGCACAGCAAACUCAAACUAGAAUAUCUUAGGAGAAGAGAGGAAAGGGAAGAAAGAGACUGUGUUGCUCGUAAAGAUGCCGAGCGUGCUCGACUGGAAAGAGAAGCCGCCGAGUGGGAGCACACAAAGGAGACAGCUAAUGUCAAGCACAGAGCCCAACUCGCAACAGAUGUAUUGGCGAAUCCAGUGGUAGAUGGAUCUGUGCGCCAGGCUGCGGCUGAUUAUCUUAAAAGACUAUUUGCUUCAGACUGA